CUUGUCUGUUUGUCCAAGCUCCCGCUGUCGUUCCGUCUCAGCAAUACCUGCUGUCUAUUCGUUUAGUGUUGUCCGUUCUAUAUGGGUAUUUUAGUGGGAACAAGGCACUCAUUGAAACUCGAAGUUCCAGAGCAGCUGAUCCGUCGUCCCCCUGCCACGCCUUUUCUCUUCCGACUCAAACCCGUCCGACAUCAGAUCUCUGUUGUCUCCCGCGUCCUUCGGUACGCCCGCGUGGGGAUCUCCAAGUCUUGGCGUGCUAUAUAAACGGCGAGCUGGCAUCAGACGGCGUCGGGCCACCGAUCACUCCCUUGUAGCUGGCUAGUUGCUCGUCGACGUCUUGUGCUCACUGGCGAACGAUGAACGCCAUGCUGCUCGACUCUGGUCUUCCUAUGGAGGUGCUUCUCGAGGCAAUCCUGUAUGGUGUCCACCUCGUCUGUUUCGUCACUGCGGUCUACUUUGUACAAUACUUUUCCCUGCGGGGUUACACCACACUCCUUUGCACAAUCACCCUUCCAUUCGUUCUCUCGUCUUCACACCUCGUCAACAACAUACGGAUCUUACGCACCGAAGCGGAACUCGUCGCACAUUUCGUGCCUCUAGAGGCCAGUCAAGUUGUCGCCGAAUCCAGUCCUGCCGCUAUCGCACAGAUCUACUUCUUGGCUUUCAAUACCAUAUUCACGAGCUCCAUCGUACUGUGGCGCGCCUCAACCAGUAAGACUGCAGCCCUGUCCGCCUGUCUCUCCGCUACUUUAUUGUCUUUCACGGCCGCCACGUCUCUCAGCCACGCAUACGAUUGCGCCUACACCGUAGAAGCAUUCCAUCAUCCAGUCCCUCGCUUCUGGUCACAUCGAUACACCUCGUUAUUGGCGAUGUCAUCCGACUAUCUGGUCUUGCUGGCGAAUGCCGUUGGGACUUGGGCAAUUGUGCAACAGGGAUGGUCUAGGGCGAGAGAGGAUCGGAGAGGUAUGCUUUGGUUGAUGGCGGAGUCGGGAGGUGUGUUCACUGUGGCUCUGAUCGCUUCGUCCAUCCUUCGUCAGUACAACCAUUACCUCAACACAGACGGCAUCAUGGUCCAACUGGCGGGCAUCUCAUCCACCCUCAUUCUCGCCACCUCGAUCUACAAGCAAUCUCCAUUCGACAUCCAUCCUCAUCUCGACCUCCCACGGUACUCAACCGUCACAUGCACACACGCCACCCACUGUGUUCAGGUCCCAAUCUACCCUUCAGCUUCCACCCCUGGCUGCAUCGCAGCAAAGCAGCACCUCGACUUCGAGCCUGACACGAAGUCUGCACUCGAAUGGAGAUCGCAGCCCGAAAAAUGGCCCGUGCAUGAAUGCUAGCAACUUCACUGACAACUCACGGCUCGGACCCGUCAGCAGUCAAUCGAGAUCGAGCCUCAAAGCUUAUCAGUCGUUUAAAUGAAAAGAACUCAGAAGACGGAUGUACCUCGGACUCGAGAACUGACUCCACAACGUCAGCGCCGAUGGAUGACCAUUGGCAGGUGUGUGCGUACUGUUUUUGAAUACCUGACUAUAGUCUAUUUGUGUGGCAUACCCUUAUUGUCGGCGUAAUCUUGGGACUCUGGGGAUAUUAUUGGGACUUUGGUUCGUUUUCUUGUUUUGAUUUCGGGAAUACGUAUGUAGGAAGUAUAGUAAUCUUAUUCAUUCGGUUUCGUGGCCCGGGCUGAAGCUGAAUGCAUGUUCAGAGCUCCCAAGUGUG